UGACAACCUAUAAACCACAAUAGAGCACUAAUUUAAUUACAUGCUCUUUGUUGCUGGCUCCGUACACCGGCCACCACAAUCAAAACCUUAAUUGUCCACUUUUUAGCCACUUCGAAUUCUCAGAAAGAUAAAUCUAAGGAAGUUCUAGGUCUUUCAAAGGCCACAAAUCUCGAUAUGUUGGUGGUUUGUGAAUAUGCAAAUCUUUGGUGAUACGCUAACUUCUUCAAUUCAUAAUUUCAAUAAACGAACUGAGAAUUUACUGAUGGGUAGUUGUUCAAAGCUGGAGUUUCUUCCACCUGCUGACGUUUACUUGGAAUCUCUCAAGGACCCAAAUCUAAGGAAAUGCUUACGGUUGAAAAGUGUCCGUCCGAUUUCGAAAACCAUUCCAGUUGCAGAAAACGCAAAAUCUAAAAUAUUUGAAGGUGGCAAAUCUAAAAGAUUUAAGUCACAAAAUGGCAAAAUCAACAAUAAUCCUAUAUUAUUUUGGGUGGUGUUGAUGAGCCGUUGACGUAGAAGAAUAGCAUGUGGCCUUAUUUGCUAUAGGAUGUGGCCCUAACCCUAAUAGGAUGAGAAAUCUUUGCUCAACUUGGCUUAGAGUGGAACCAACCGUGAAGCAUCCGUCUCAAAAAUGUCUACUCUAUGACGUCUUUUUCACCCCACCCCCCCCCUCUCCACAAGGCCCCUCCAUUUCUGUAUAAACUUCAGAAUGCUUUCUUGAGAAUGUUUUUAUCUUCUUUCUAUAGUUUCCAUGAAGUCUUCUUCUUCUCAGAGCUACGAUGUUUUCCCCAACUUCAGAGGGGAAGAUGUCCGCCACUCAUUAGUCAGCCACCUUCGUAAGGAACUUGAUCGCAAAUUCAUCAAUACAUUCAACGACAACAGGAUCGAAAGAAGCCGCAAAAUAACCCCAGAGCUGUUAUUGGCUAUAGAAAACUCAAGGAUCUCACUUGUCGUCUUCUCUAAAAACUAUGCUUCUUCCACGUGGUGCUUAGAUGAAUUGGUGAAGAUCCAAGAGUGCUAUGAGAAAUUGGAUCAAAUGGUGAUUCCUAUUUUCUACAAAGUAGAUCCUUCUCAUGUUAGAAAACAGACCGGAGAGUUUGGCAUGGUCUUUGGGGAGACCUGCAAGGGCAGAACAGAGAAUGAGAAGCGAAAAUGGAUGCGAGCUCUAGCAGAGGUAGCACAUCUAGCCGGAGAAGAUCUUCGGAACUGGCGUAGCGAAGCAGAAAUGCUUGAAAAUAUCGCCAAGGAUGUUUCAAACAAACUCUUCCCCCCAUCAAAUAAUUUCAGUGACUUCGUCGGGAUUGAAGCUCAUAUAGAGGCAUUGAUAUCAAUGUUGCGCUUCGACUCCAAGAAAGCGCGAAUGAUAGGGAUUUGUGGGCCUUCUGAAACUGGUAAGACUACUAUAGGAAGAGCUUUAUACAGCAGACUCAAAAGCGACUUCCACCAUCGGGCUUUCGUAGCAUAUAAGAGAAAAAUACGGAGCGACUAUGACCAGAAGCUGUAUUGGGAAGAACAAUUUCUAUCAGAAAUUCUUUGUCAGAAGGAUAUAAAGAUAGAGGAAUGUGGUGCGGUGGAACAACGACUAAAGCACACGAAAGUUCUUAUUGUUCUUGAUGAUGUUGAUGAUAUAGAGCUACUAAAAACGUUGGUAGGACGUAUCAGAUGGUUUGGAUCUGAGAGCAAAAUUGUUGUGAUUACUCAAAAAAGGGAACUUCUCAAGGCUCACAACAUUGCACAUGUUUAUGAAGUGGGAUUCCCAUCAGAAGAACUGGCUCAUCAAAUGUUUUGUCGAUAUGCUUUUGGGAAAAACUCUCCACCUCAUGGUUUCAACGAGCUUGCAGAUGAAGCUGCAAAGAUUGCCGGUAAUCGUCCUAAAGCUCUCAAGUACGUUGGUUCGUCUUUUAGAAGACUAGACAAGGAACAAUGGGUGAAGAUGCUAUCGGAGUUCCGUAGUAAUGGGAAUAAACUAAAAAUCAGCUAUGAUGAGUUAGAUGGUAAAGGUCAAGAUUACGUUGCGUGUUUAACCAAUGGUUCAAAUUCCCAGGUGAAGGCAGAGUGGAUCCACUUGGCACUAGGCGUGUCUAUAUUACUUAACAUCCGCAGUGACGGAACGACAAUUCUCAAACAUUUGAGCUACAAUCGAAGCAUGGCGCAACAAGCAAAAAUAUGGUGGUAUGAAAAUUUGGAAAGAGUGUGCAAGAAGUACAAUAUAUGUGGCAUAGAUAGCUCAACUGAUGGUGGUGGUUCAACGUAUGGACAAUGUUCAAAUUCCCAAUUUCAAAGAAACAUGGACGCAAGCCCCGGGGGAAACAAAACCAGUAAUCAAUCCACAAAAGAUUCACCGAGAGCUUCUCAAGUAGAGAAGGAAAAGAUCGAGUACUGUGAGCCACAUGUAUAUAUAACACCUGCCAUCUUCAGUGACGGAACCAGAGCUCCCAAAUACGUGGAGUCUAGUAGCCGAAGAGUAACCCAAGUGCACCACGCCAAAACAUGGUGGCCGGAGAAUUGUGAAAAAGUGUACGAGAACCACAACAACAUAUAUGGCAUAGAUAGAUCAAUUGACGGUGGUGAUAAGUUUGAGGGAAAAAGUAAAGUUAGUGACGGUGGGUUAGACGGCAAAGAUCAAGGUUCAAUGUAUGGACAAAGUUCAAAUUCCGAGCUUCAAAUAAACAUGGACGCAGACAAUAGGAGAUGUGAACCUGUGAGUGAGAUGCUUUUCAAAAAUUACAAUGUGUGUUCGCCUAAUGGUAAGGGAAGUGAUAUUUGAAAAUUGCGCAUGACGAUAUUGUUAUCUGGACUUACAAUUCUUACUGAUAAGUCCCUCAAGCACAUAUGCCUGCAGGUUUAACCGAUGUAAACUGUUCAAAUCCCCAGUCUCAAAGAAAAUUGGACGCAAGCCUAAAGAAAGACAAAAUUGUGCAUGAGUGGAUUCGAACCGGUAGUGGCUUCUUUUUUGAUUUUCAGGGCCCAAAAUCUAUAGUGAGUGCUGCUCAAGUGGACGAGAAAAAUUUCGAGUACUGUGAACAAGGUGUGUAUAUAACACUUGGCAUCCUCAGUGGCGGAAUUAUAGUUCUCAAACAUUUGGAGUUCAGCCGAAGAAUGGCGCAACAAGCAAAAGUUUGGUGGUCGGAAAAUUGGAUAAAAGUGUACCAGGAGCACAACAUAUGUGGCAUAGAUAAAUCAUUUGAUGGUAGGUUUGAUGAUAGACGUGUCAUUCGUCAAUUAAGACCAAACUGAAGCACGGCCUGGCCCUUGUAAAAGUCAGGACUUGAGCUAGAUACUUAAGCCAAGCAGAUCUGUUUGGCUAAGUCUGGUCGGGUUAGCGCGAAAUUGUCGAAAUCUGUUUAAUAAUUGCAUUCAGUGCAAGUCUUUAAUUUGUACUUCAUGGCUUUAAUACACUAAUUAAACAUUGGAUCAUUUUUAGUUUUUUCUUCUUUUCAAAAUACAUAUUUUUCUAAGUUUUCCAAUUUAGUGAUUUUAUUAGUUCUUUAGUAGAAUACUGGAUCAUGGACACAUGCUACAACAUGCUUUGACCUAAUUAUGAAAUUUAUCAGCGAAUAUAUUAUGAACAUAUGUUUGGA